AUGGGAGCCAAAGACAAAGGCUUUGCGGUCGCGCAUGUCAUCCUGUCCUCCGUUGCAGGCUCCGCUAUCGGCCCCAUCUCCGGCGCUUUUAUCGAAUAUUACCUUUCCUGGCAGUUGAUCUUCUGGGUCCAGCUAAUUUUCGGUGGUGUUGUGCAGAUCACCCAUUUCUUCCUCGUGGGGGCAACCCGCUCAACAAUCAUUGUGGAUCGCGAAGCAAAGCGUCGCCGCAAAGCAGGCGAAGACCCAAAAACAAGACUAAACUUCAAGGAGAUUCUCACCGUUUGGAUACGACUGUUCCAUAUGCUUGUCUGCGAACCAAUUGUGGUCUUUCUCUCGCUCCUCUCCGGCUUCUCCGAUGCGCUUAUCUUCACAUGGAUCAAGGCUUUCGCCCUCGGAUAUAGCCAAUGCGACUUUGGUACCAUCGCCCUUGGUCUAAACUUCAUCCCAAUCAUAAUGGGCUACCUCGUCUCAUAUCCAAUAUUCCUACCCGAUAUUGAAAGGCAGAGGAAAUUGCGCAAGAGCGAAGGCGAUAUAGCUCAGGCACAGCCGGAGACAUCUCCUGCUUCUCCUCUACCUUGGUCCUCUAGAAGUCAUCGGCCUCUCCGGAUUGGCCUGGUCCACGAUGGGACCGGAAUACAACCACUGGAUCUUGCCCAUGACCUUCACUUGCUCAGGCUCUCGCUGCAGAUCAGGAAGGUGAAUAUGAGCCGCUGUUCUAGUAGAUUGGAGAUAUCCGAUAUGCCGAACCUGCGACGAAACUUGUUUCCAUACAUUUGGGAGAGAUCAUUCGCAUUUGUUUUUCUGAGGCUGGUUCAAGUAAAUGGAAAUGUCGUUGCAACCAUUCAGGCGGGGAAUGGGGUAUUAGAUAAGCGUGGGUCAGAUGACGUCACGCGGGGAAUGCGGUUCCGUCAUACUCAACGUGCCUAUUUUAGUAGUUGUGAUAUCAUUGACGACAGAGGGGACACUAUACUGUUUGGCAAGAAUGAGUGGGAUCUGUUCCAGUUCCCCGCUAUUCCCUCAACAUCUGAAACCCUCUGCUCACAGGUUACUCUAUACCCCCAACAGCAGAGGUCACUAUUCUGGUGGCCUCGUCGUCACGACCCAAAAUGGCUAUCCGAGGGCAAAUCCCGAUUGCAGAAACUGAUGCAAAAAGAAAAAGAAAUCCAAUCGUUCUACAAGAAAUAUGUCUCUCGUGGUCGGCGGCGACGACCGUAUAUAUAUCAAAGCUGGGCUGGCAGUAAGUUUUAUUUCCCCCACGAGGCCAGCCGCUUACACAGACGGUGUGAUGUUUCCGACGAGCUCGCGCAAGGGAUGGGGAAAGGGAACAGGGGAGAGAAAUCUUGGUUGGCGAAGGAGAGUCCGCCUGACAAUGGAUUCGAGGACUCCAAAAGCCCUGGAGGGAAAAACAGCUUCGACUCUUGGGGUGGCAAAGAGCACGAAUUUGGCGAGUCCAUGCGACUCGAGUGUGAGAAAUGGUUUGAGGAAUUUAAAAAAGCUGUCAAUCGCGAUCCUUAUGGAUUCAUAUUCGGGAGACUGCAGCCGUUUCCAUUCGGUUUGAAACACGGAUCUUGGUCAUCGUUCUAUCACUCAUUGUUUGCUGGUGAAUAUCCCACGGACAGUAGACCCCGUCCAGGCUCACCAGCGGAUAUACGAAAUUCUCCGAUAGAAGAAGGAGCGGGAUCAAGAAUAGAAACUUCGUCUGAGAUCAAUAUCAAUGACAAUCGUUUGCCAUCAUCCAACAUUGUGACAGACGCCGCAUUUGAAUUCGAUCCCAUCAGUGGUAGGAUGGUUCCUGCGAGGAAUACAACCACUUCCAACCAGGCCGAUGACUCUUCUCCAAUGAUAAUUUCAAAUCCGCGAGAUGGCGAAGCGGAAAUGGAAACUCGCGAUGAGCAAGAAAACUCCAAUCAGAAACCAAACGUCGAUAUAGAAGAGCCACUUGUCCUUGAACCGGAGCACCGUGUCUCGAGUAAAAUGAUAUCGCCUAAUGAUGCGAACGACCAGACUGAUUUGAAAUCAUCCCAAACCCUCGAUACGGAGGGACCUGGAACCAUUGAAACUAAGCAGCCUGCAGCGAACAUGAGCGUUACCGAUAAUGAUACAACUGAGGCACACUCUGCCAAUGUAGGCAAGAGCAUUGACACGGAACAGAUAGUAUCUGAGUCAAAUCAGCCUGACUCUGCAGAAACAGCACUUGGAAAGGGGGUCAAAGAUACUGUCAAAUCAGAUGGGUGGGCCUUGAAUGAACCGGAAAAGCCAGCAAGUGCGGCCGUCCUUGCUUCUACUAGCGAAGAAGCAAACGCAACUACGUUUGGCGCAAAAAAUAAAACGCCGAUGCACAAAACUUCUCCACUCGGCGAAGAGGAUGAGGAUGUCCAAGCGUCUGACUGGCAAUCACAUCAAUAUCUAAUAGCCAAAGCGAAGAAGUCCAUUGAGAAUAGCGGACGCCUUCCCAAGGAGUUAGAGGGGAUGUCUCAUUCUGACUAUUUGCGAUAUCUUGAGAGUCUUGAAGGUCCCAACGCAUCACCUCUCUGCGAAAUUUAUCAAAAAGCGUAUGAUAUUCGUGACGACAGUCGAACAGAAGAAAAUGUGGAUCAGCUGCGUGCCAGCGACAUUCGUGCCUCUUACAAAACUUGGGCAGAGCGACAUGGUAUCGAAGAGGCUUACGGAGCUCUUCAGGAUGCCGAUUGUGGCUUGGACGUCGACGAUCUGCGUUGGAAACUUCGUCAAGACAAUAGAACUGUUAGCAAAGUAGAAACUGGCCGAGACUCCGUUUCUACUGUAACAGAAGCAACAGAACCUGUACAGAAAGAGAUGAACUUGCUAUUUCGCGAUGACACCGCGGGGACAGAACGUAGCAAAGUCACCCAUAUGUGCAACGUUGACGGUGUUGAUGAUGCAUCUACCACUGUCAGUAGUUCUAAACGUGAUGGGAUCCAUCCUAUCUUUGGAAUAAAAACUAUAGAUGCGAACCGGCACCGUGAAAUUGGUAAUAUAGCAAGAGAGCUUCGAGAAAUCAAAGAGGCCACAGUCUCGAUGAAUGCACUUUUGACGGGACAACAUAGUCCAUCUGGUACAACAGCUGACGUACUUUCUGUCGCCCCAUCGGAGAGGAUGGCGAAAGAAGAGCGCGAGACGCAAGUAGCCCAAAUUAGCGAGAUACUAAGCGAUGUCAAAAACGUCAACACAUCCAUGGCUUCAAUCUUAGCGGAGCUUUGUGAAGACGUGCAGCGAAAGAAAUCUACUAGGGAAGAAGACGCAGAAAGGUCGCCUUUGGAUCAGAACGUUGAAGCGAAAAACAGCUCUUCGCGCUCCAACCCCUCUCAAUACCGAAUCCUAGCCUACGACUCCCUAACAAUGGAAGUGAAAGAGAUGGGUAUCUCGGCUGGCCAUUCAGGCUCAGGGGAGAUAGCACAACUGCUACACCCUACAGAAGCGCUUUCACGCCUCAGCAACCCCUCGCGAUUCCUCGAGCAUUUACCCCGCCUAGAAGCACAGGGGUUUGAAAUUGUCUCUGGUGGCGGCGAUAUUCUCAUUUUCAAGAAGGUAAAGGGGAGUGAAGGGAAAUUGGUUGAUGAUGGGGAACAUGUGGCUAGGACUUUAGAAACAUCCAUUCCAGAUGUUACCGCAGCGAAGCAGAAUAGCAGUGAUGCUUAUGGUGACGGGGGUGAUACGGUGCAUUCUCCAGUGCAGGCAGCGCAGCUUGGAAAUGAAGUUGUCGAUCAAAUUGAAUCAUCCGAGACCUUCAAGGGCAACCCGACCGGUCGAGAAGCCUCCCAUGUUUUCGAUCAAGGGAUCGUGUCGUCUUUCGAUUCUGACACAACAAAGCAACAACAGCAGCAGGAGGGAGAGCUCUCCACACUCAAUCCUCCCAAAAGCGAAAAGGCACAUCCGUUCCUGCGCAAAGCCCUGCGUCGUAUUUUAUUAACAGGCGGGGUCGCAGCAGGAACGUGCUAUGCUCUGGGCGUGGUUGUUGAGUAUUUCCGCACAGGUGGGCAGGAUGGCCUAGGCCCGCAGGGGUUCACAGGGUUGGAAGGGAGAUGA